GAUAUGGACGUCCACUCCCAAGAGCCGCAAGUUGGUUUCCACAACUUAGUCCUCCCUCAGCUUGAAAACAUGGACACGCCGCCAAAAAAUGAUGAUGAAGCAGGCGAAGCUAUGGACGUCGACUUGGUUCCACUGCAAUCUCUGUUUGGUGGUGCUCAGUUGAGUCGCUCAGAUGGCACGGAUGCGCCUCAUCAGAAUGCACGCAAUAGCCAGCCACUUAUGGACAGUCCGUUACACGAUGAAACACAGACAUAUCACCACAUUGAUAUGCUGAUGAUCUCUCGAGAACCUUCGCCCGACUUUCCGCGUAUGAGCACUGAACCUGACGAACUCGAAAAAAUCCCAAAAGAUGACCCUAUAAAAGCAUACGGAUUGCGGACCAAUAUAAAUCGAAUCGUUAACGGGCCAUGUGUGGACGCGAACGAUGAUACGGAUUUUGAUCCAGAGCAAGAACGUCGAGACCUACGGAAAAAUGCAAAGCGGUCGAAAAAGCCGAAAGAAGGAAAAGAAGCAAAAAAGAAGGAGAAAGAACGUUUGACGACGGCUAAUGAAUUGAAAAAGCGCCCUAAGGUUAUCGUGAAGUUGCCACUUGGGAAAAAGUUCAACAAAGGACGACGCGUCACGAACGACUAUUCAAAUUGGCCAGAGAAUUGGUCGGAAGAUGAGUACUACCAAGUACCUAUUAAGGACCCUCGUGGGGAAUACGACGACUUGACCGGACACCCUGAAGCCCGCGGUUGCAAAGAAUGCCGAAGGCUGAACCAGCCUUGCUCCACCGUCAUCGAUGGUGAAUGGCCAUGCGAUUCCUGCAUUAAUGGUCGUCACCAGUGUGAAAAGAUUCACAACUCACAUCAUGAGCGCAUAGAUCUACAUAGUCAGCUCUGCGGACCGGGAAGGAAGCACGUGGAGUGCAACGCCUGCAGGUCGCAAAAGAAAAAAUGUUCACUGGAAGCAAAGACUGACAAGCCUCCAUGCGAGUCAUGCAAAAAUGAGGAAACAGAAUGUGUCUUCUACGACGACCCUGCUCCCACCCAGAAGGCGAAGAAAACCCGCAAAGAUGCGUUUGGACCGCUCUUUGCCACUAGCAGCCGUGUGUACAAGCCAGAUCGAAAAUUCUUCAGCGCUUCCGAUCUCGAGGAAUAUGAUGGUUCUGAUACCCACACGGAAUCUGUGCGUGAACCCACGCCGGACGUUAUCAUGACUGAUCAGUACGGAAACCGAGGACCAGUGAUCAAGAUAAAGACCUCUUUCGCACAUCCAAUCCAGUUCCAUAUCGAUGAUGAUAACGAUGCAUUAUUCGAAAAAGCAGCUUCCGAUUGUGAUUUCUGCAAUAAUCCAAGUUUCAGUUUUCUUGGGAAUUUCGAGACGAUGGCCUAUGUGCUGGUAUGGCCGACUGGCAAAGGUUACACGGAACUGGGCAAUGGUCAUCGACAACAGGGUUGUGAAAACACUGUCAUGUGUGUGGACUGCUGCUACUCCCGAUUGCAAAUCAUCGCCUGUCCUGAUCAUAACAUCAUGAGAAUCGAAGACAACGUGUCCUUACAUCAGGAUUUCAAUGGGGCUCUUAUGAACCUGGUCGAUACUCAGGACGGACCUAAAGAUCAAUUUCGUUAUCAAGAGCGACGAUGGUGCUCUUUCUGCAUGAAUCUAGCAAAGCACCAUUGCUGCGCCCCGCAAGAGUCAGCUCGAGACGAUAAUAUUCAGUUGAUAGGAUGCGGGUUACGGCUCUGCGAUAAUUGCCACGACGCAUUUGUUGGUGAGUUUCGUGGUAGCAUUGACUCAAUGGCUACAGCGUACGACGAACGGCCGAAAGCGGAGGCUGACAGUGAUGAUUCACCGGUGGGCCUUGUCCGGGCAGAUGUUGGUUUUCUUCGCGAACAUGGUCAGCUAUGGAGAAAUACGGGGGUUUGAAGCGGUUGCGUUCUCCACACUGGAGUGCGCGAUCAUAACUGUAGGGUAUUUUCAAC